UAAACUAAUCUUGUGGCUUUGCUUGCCCCAUCUUCUCAGAGCUACACCCAUGUCAUCCCGACGUAUAUAGAGAUAUACCUAUAUAGAGAUAUACCUAUAUAGAGAUAUACCUAUAUAGAGAUAUACCUAUAUAGAGAUAUACCUAUAUAGAGAUAUACCUAUAUUAUCUAUAUUAUCUAUAUUAUCUAUAUUAUCUAAUAUAUUGUCUUAGACUACCUAUGAUCUCGACUCAUCUACGGCACCUGAAUCGAAAAUGAAACAAAUUAACCUAUUAAUUGGUCGGCCAACCCCGAACUUACAAGCAGCAGACAAGUUGGCAGCAGCGUCUCAAAUAAUCUUGUCGCAACCCGAGAAAUCGGAUCUGGCAUUGACAUACGGUCCCGAUUAUGGUGAGGACAGUAUUCGUGAACAUAUUGGGGAUUGGCUCAGUCAGAAAUACCGUCCCGUAUCCGGUCACAUCACCCAAGAUCGUAUCAUCAUUACCAACGGCGCCUCCGGAGCACUUGCGGGAAUUCUGCAGAAGUUCACAGACCCGUCAUAUACGCGUCGCAUAUUUCUUGUAGAGCCUACUUACUUCCUUGCUGUCCAGACGUUUCUAGACGCAGGCUUUGGUCAGAGAAUGCGAGGUGUUCCCGAAGAUGAUGAAGGUAUCAACCUAGAGUAUCUACGACACCAACUGGAAGAAGACGGCAAGACUGAUGAUACUCCGAAUACUGACGUGCCUCGCACCAAAUUUCCCGCUCAGGGGUAUAGGAAACUUUUCAAGUAUAUCUUAUACGUGGUCCCAACACUAUCAAAUCCUAGCGGGAAAACAAUGUCAAUGCAUCACCGCACAGCACUAGUCGAAUUGGCACGCCAGUAUGAUAUUCUCCUGAUUGCAGAUGAUGUCUACGACUUUCUUGCCUGGCCAGCGGAUGACAGUAUCUCGCACGAAGGCCUAGAAUUGCCCCCGAGGCUUGUGGAUAUUGACCGGCAGAUGGCUGGAUCGAGCGAAUGGGGGAAUGCUGUAAGUAACGGAUCUUUCUCGAAGCUGGCUGCUCCCGGCCUUCGGAUGGGGUGGUGCGAGGCGACGCCGAUCUUUAUACACGGGCUAUCUACAGUCGGGGCGACUUUGUCUGGCGGCUGUCAAGGGCAGUAUACCUCCUUCUUAGUCGACGAGAUGUUAGUUUCUGGGAUUCUAAAACACCACAUACAUAAUACUUUAAUUCCGACAUAUCGAAGAAGAUAUAGAGCCCUCGUGGAAGCCAUUAAAACCUAUCUGUACCCACUCGGAAUAAAGAUAUCAACGGGGAAGCCAUACGAGACAUUUGCUAUAGACGGCGGGGGUAAUCGUGCGCCAACUAUACUGUCGGGAGGAUUCUUUCUUUAUAUAGAUUUUCCAGACGGGCAUCAAUUUCCAUCGGCGACCGAAAUCAUCCGCAUUGGUCGCGAGGAGUUCGGCCUAAUUAUUGCACCGGGGGAGAUUUUCGCUGUCAAAGGAGAUCCCGAAGGUCUCAAGAGGGCCCAGUCGACUUUCAACCUGGGAACUAGGUUAUGCUGGGCAUGGAAUGAAGAAGCGGUAUUGAUUGAAGCAAUCCAGAGGUUUGCGAAAGUUGUUCAGCGAGCACAAGUAUUGCCUUUAUAGUUCACCAGGGGGUAUCGUGAUGCAUGCUUAAGAGUCGGCUAUAAGCAAUGAUACCUUAGAUGUCUUCUAAAAUACCUAACCUAGGUAAAUAAUAUUUGUAUCCGAAUAAUCAUGAUGAUUUCCCGCU